UUUUUUUUCUUCGUUCUUUGUAGAUUUUGAGUUGUCAUGUCUUUUUUCAAAUCUUACAUUUCCAUCAGUUUAAAAAGUCAAUGUAGAUCUAUAAGUACCAACAAGUCUUCUGUUCCAUUUUCUAUUUAUUUACAUUGGCCCUAUUGUGAAAGCAAAUGUACCUAUUGUAAUUUUAAUAAAUAUAUUCAACCACCCCAAGUACCAGAAGAUAGAUUGAAAAAAGCCAUGGCAAAAGAAAUCCAAUAUUAUGUGAAUCAAUAUCAAUUGAAACAUCGUCCACUUCAUUCUAUUUAUUUUGGUGGUGGCACUCCAAGUUUAGCAAAGCCUUCUACUUUAAGUUAUUUAUUAGAUACCCUGGAUCAUACAUGUUAUCUUCCUACCAAUAUUGAAAUUACUAUGGAAGCAAACCCCACUUCAAUGGAAUUAGAAAAAUUGGAAGCAUUUCGAAAAAUCGGUAUCAAUCGUUUAUCCUUGGGUAUUCAAUCCUUUGAUGAUGUAGCUCUACAAAGAAUGGGACGAGAUCAUUCUGGAACUGAAAGUAUACGAGCCAUUGGUAUGGCAAAACGAUCAUUUGACAAUAUGACAUUUGAUUUGAUUUUUGCUCGACCUGGUCAAACCUUACAUGAUUGGAAAAAGGAAUUAAUGUUGGGACUGGAUUUGGCGAGUAAUCAUCUAUCAUUAUAUCAACUUUCUCUUGAACGUGGUACACCUAUUUAUAAAGCAGUGAUGAAAGGAGAAUUACCACCUAUACCAAAUCAAGAUGAAGCCGCUGAUAUGUAUGAAAUGACUGUUGAGCUUGCUCGUGAUCAUGGCUUUCAUCAUUAUGAAGUAUCUAAUUAUAGUCGAUAUCCACAUACUAUUAGUCGGCAUAAUUUUUCAUAUUGGCAAGGGAUGGAUUAUCUUGGUAUUGGUCCUGGCGCUCAUGGAAGAUUGACAGAUCCUACCACUCUGCAACGUGUUAGGACAUUUGCUGAAUUUCAUCCUGAUAAGUAUAUGGAUUUAUGUGAAUCAAGUGGUGAAGGAUUACGAAGCAUAACACCGAUCUCUGAUGAACAAACAAAGGAAGAAUUAGUGGUAUUUGGAUUAAGGACGAAAAUGGGUAUUCCUUAUCGAAGAUUCGAAUCCAUCACUCAUGGUAGUCAUCUAGAUGAUAUGAUUAAUCAAGAAGCGUUGAAAUUAUGUAUGGAUGCUGGAUUUCUUAUUCAAGAAAGGUCGCAAGAAGGGACAAAAGAGACAAAGGAUGAUCUAAUACAACCGUAUAUCCCAUAUGAAAAUCGAUCUGAAUGGAAUCUAGGUGGUAUUCGUCCUACAGAGAAAGGAUUAGCUAGAAUGGAUACCAUUUUACCCAUGCUACUCAAUCACAGCUAA